AUGGUUGUGAAAGCUUACCCAUUAGGAAUGGUACGUAUCAUGAAUAACAACGGCCUCAACGAAGAAGACGAAGAAGAAGGAGACUCUGGAGUCGAACCAUACGUUGGACUAGAAUUCGACACAGCCGAAGAAGCUCGUGACUACUACAACUCCUACGCUACUCGAACCGGCUUCAAAGUCAGAACCGGACAGUUAUACAGAUCGAGAACAGACGGCACCGUUUCGUCAAGAAGAUUCGUUUGCUCAAAGGAAGGGUUUCAGCUAAAUUCAAGAACAGGAUGUCCUGCUUUCAUCAGAGUGCAGCGACGAGAUACAGGUAAAUGGGUUCUUGAUCAGAUUCAGAAAGAGCAUAACCACGAGCUCGGUGGUUUAAUAGACGAGACUACUACAACCACUCCACGACCUUCCGUACAACAGAGAGCACCGGCUCCAACGAAGCUAGCUGUCUCGGUUCCUCACAGACCUAAAAUGAAAGUUGUUGAUGAAUCUGAUAAAGGACGGUCUUGCCCUUCCGGUGUGAUCUCUUUCAAACGUUUCAAAGGAGCUGAAGAGAGCGACGAGACGCAGAGCAAGGCUGCUACUGAGCCACACGCAGGGUUGGAGUUUGCUUCAGCUAACGAAGCGUGCCUUUUUUACCAAUCCUAUUCAGAAGUUGUCGGCUUUCGUGUCCGGAUCGGUCAGCUGUUCCGUUCCAAAGUCGACGGAUCCAUCACUUCAAGAAGAUUCGUCUGCUCGAAAGAAGGGUUUCAACAUCCUUCGAGAAUGGGAUGUGGAGCUUACAUGAGGAUCAAACGUCAAGAUUCCGGAGGUUGGAUCGUUGACCGUCUCAACAAAGUUCAUAACCAUGACCUUGAGCCUGGGAAGAAGAACGCCGGCAUGAAGAAGAUCACAGAGGAUGUCACCGGAGGGCUUGACUCCGUCGACCUCAUCGAGCUAAACGACUUCACCAGCAUCAAUCACAAGACACGAGAGAACACCAUAGGUAAAGAAUGGUAUCCAGUCCUCCUCGACCACUUCCAGUCAAAGCAAGCAGAGGACAUGGGCUUCUUCUACGCGGUGGAGCUCGACAGCAACGGAGCCUGCAUGAGCGUCUUCUGGGCGGAUUCUCGUUCAAGAUUCGCGUGCAGUCAGUUCGGCGAUGCGGUUGUGUUCGACACUUCGUAUAGACAACAAGACUACUCUGUUCCCUUCGCUACGUUUAUAGGUUUCAACCACCACAGGCAGCCAGUGCUUCUCGGCGGCGCUUUAGUCGCCGACGAGUCUAGAGAGGCUUUCUCGUGGCUGUUCCAGACGUGGCUUCGCGCCAUGUCGGGCCGUCGUCCGAGAUCUUUUAUAGCCGAUGAAGACUUGCCUAUCAAGGAAGCUGUAGCUCAAGUCUUCCCCGGGACUCAUCACCGGUUCUCAGCGUGGCAGAUUAGGUCAAAAGAGCGAGAGAAUCUACGGACGUUCCCUAACGAGUUCAAGUACGAGUACGAGAAGUGUUUGUACCAGACGCAAACAACCGUCGAGUUCGACACGAUGUGGAGUGCUCUCGUUAACAAAUAUGGGCUUAGAGAUAACUUAUGGCUCAGAGAGGUAUACGAGAAGCGUGUGAACUGGGUCCCAGCGUAUCUAAGAGCUAGCUUCUUCGGUGGGAUCCCUGUGAACGGGACGUACCAACCGUUUUACAGGGAUUCGCUGAGCUCUUUAACCUCUCUGAGAGAGUUUGUUUCGAUGUACGAGCAUGGUUUAGAGCAGCGACGUGAGGAGGAGAGGAAAGAGGAUUCGAACUCUUACAACUUGCAGCCGUUUCUUCAGACGAAAGAGCCAGUUGAGGAGCAGUGCAGGAGGCUGUACACGCUCACCGUCUUCAGAGUCUUCCAAGGGGAGCUCGCGCAGUCUUACAACUACCUCGGUUUGAAGACGUACGAGGAAGGAGCUAUCAGUAGGUUUCUGGUGAGGAAAUGUGGGAACGAGAGCGAGAAGCACGCGGUGACUUUCAGCGCGUCGAAUCUGAACGCGAGCUGUAGUUGUCAGAUGUUUGAGUACGAAGGGCUUCUCUGUAGGCAUAUCUUGAAAGUGUUUAACCUUUUGGAUAUUCGGGAGUUACCGUCUCGGUAUAUACUUCACCGGUGGACCAAAAACGCGGAGUUUGGGUUUGUACGCGAUGUGGAGUCUGGUGUGACUUCUCAGGAGCUUAAGGCGUUAAUGAUAUGGAGCUUGAGGGAGGCGGCUUCCAAGUAUAUAGAGUUUGGGACGUCGUCGUUGGAGAAGUAUAAGCUUGCGUAUGAGAUUAUGCGUGAAGGUGGGAAGAAGCUGUGUUGGCAGAGAUGA